CCCGUUGCCAACGUAUCAUCCCGGAAGAUUUACCUUUCUCCUGACACGUAGCAGCCGCAACCAAGUUGGCAGGGCUCUGGGAAGAUUUGUCAGACAUCACAGAUUGAAAGAUGUCUGGGUUUGACAAUUUCAACACAGACUUCUACCAGUCUAGCUACAGUGUAGAUGACCAAAACCAAGGCGGCUAUGGCUACGGCAACACGGACAACCCCUACAACAAGCAAUACGGUCAGUAUGACUACUCCCAGCCCAUGGGUUAUCCUUCCCCAGGAAUGAUGCAGCCCCAGCAGCCAUACACAGGACAAAUAUUUCAGCCCACACAGACCUACACCCCAUCCCCAUCACAAUCCAUGUACAGUAGCAGUUUCGAUGAUGAACCUCCUCUGCUAGAAGAAUUAGGGAUCAACUUUGACCACAUCUGGCAGAAGACUUUGACGGUGCUCCAUCCUAUGAAGGCAGCAGACGGCAGCAUCAUGAAUGAGACAGACCUGGCUGGCCCCAUGGUCUUCUGUUUGGCCUUUGGAGCAACACUUCUCCUGUCGGGGAAAAUCCAGUUCGGCUACGUGUACGGUAUCAGCGCAAUCGGCUGUCUCGGCAUGUACUGCCUACUCAACCUAAUGAGCAUGACGGGCGUCUCCUUUGGCUGUGUGGCCAGCGUGCUGGGAUACUGCCUCCUUCCCAUGAUCCUCCUUUCCAGCUUUGGAGUCCUCUUCUCUUUACAGGGCAUGAUGGGAAUUAUAAUAACAGCAGCAAUCAUAGGCUGGUGCAGUUUCUCAGCCUCAAAGAUCUUCAUCUCAGCGUUGGCCAUGGAUGGGCAGCAGCUAUUGGUUGCCUACCCUUGUGCUCUUCUAUACGGGGUCUUUGCUCUCAUCUCUGUCUUCUAAUAAAACCAUUCAGUAACACUUGAAAAAAAAAAAACGCUCCCCGGUCUCUGUAAUUUCAGUCUAAUUAGCUUCACUGUAAUUUUGUCCAAUUUUACUGUUAUUACAGAAGAAUGGGAGUUUCUGUCUAAAGUGGCACCAAGGGUUCUUUUUUUUUUUUCAUUCCUUUUAUAAGCCUCCACUUCUCACAACGUUCUGACUCAGCCACCCGUAGACUGGAGGAUUUUAUUUCACUCAUGCCGCCACCGUCUUACAUGUUAAAGGAGCGGACUGUCAAAUUAACCUGGUGAAAAAUAAUUCUUCUGUGGACCACGCUGAGUCUUUGACUUCCAAGUACUGUGUAAAGAAUUAAAGGACAUGAAGAGGAAGGGAGUGAGAAAUUAGUACACACAAUGGAAACCAAAAAGGACCAACAACAAACCCUCAGCAAACCCUGCAGACCAAUUUUGAGCCCAUGGAAAUGCUUCUAUCCUGACGAUGUGAGCCUACAGAUACUAAAGCUGCAAUAUUAAAGGAAACAUCCUCUUUUCUUCUAAACAAGGAUACAAAUGCUCAGUCUACUUCUACAACUAUAAAGGGCAGAGGAGAACAGGGGGUCUCCUCUUGUCUUUUCUCUUCCUGCAGGAUAAAGAAGCCCACAUUUUCCCUCAUUGCAAACAGAGCAGCUGUGCAUUAUCUUUUCAUGUAUGGAUUUAUUAUAUUUCCCUUAAAUUCAUUUGACUUUGGACGCUUUUCAAGAAGAUGUAAAUCAAGUUUGCACAGAAACAUUGUUCAGAGUACAUAAAGCAAACAUAAUUGAUUGGAGAGUAAAAAGCCAGAGAGAGACUGUAUAUUUCUAGGCAAAGGCAUGUCUGUAUUAAGUUGUUGCCAUAGUUUGCAUUUCUUAAAUUUUCAUUUUAGCGUUGACUCACUUUGUACACUUUGAUGUGUCAUCUGUUCAUGUUUUCACACAUUAAAGUUGUCUUUGAAGGUU